GAACAAAAGUAUCUAAUCUCUUAGGCGCUGAAGCUUGGACGCAAGAUAUUCUAUACACCACGAAAAUUUCCAAUCAGAAAGCAUCUGGGAAGUUUCCAGGAGCGUAUGUGUUCCCGCCAGAGAAAGGUCUUGAAAAUAAACGUCCCGUUACAGGUUUAGACUUCGCUUCCUUAUACCCUAGCAUAAUCAUGACCUACAACCUCUCGCCUGAGAAGAUGGUCUCAACACUUUCAGAAGCAGAUAAACUAAAGAGAGAAAAUAAAAUGCUUCAUAGUAUUGAGUUCAAGUAUGGCGGUAAACCUGUGCGAGCCUGGACUAUACGGCAUGGGAAUAAAUCUGAUCAGAAAGGUUUAUUUCCAAAAAUAUUGGAAAAUUUACAUAAUAUACGGAAUGAACUAAAGAUCCAGCUAAAACCUCUUGGAAAGAAAAAGGAAUAUAUGGGAUUAGUUAAAAGUAGAAUAGAUGCCGGUGGAUCUAUCUCAAUAGCAAGUACAAUCGAAGAUGUUUGUUCGCAAAGCGAACCUAAGAAGCAUGCCGAAAUAGCCGAACUCCUGAAUCCUUUCAUUGGUUCGUCAUAUGAUGAUUUUAGGAAAGAAUAUGAUUCCAUCUGCUUCGAUUAUAAUUCUCUAAAUUCGAAGCAGAAAGCCAUUAAAUU